AUGCCUCAUAGGGGCGGGGAAGUUUCCGGCUCAAAGGGAAUUUUGGAAAGAGGAAGGGGGAGAUAAAGCGGAACACGCGGGCGGAAUGCGGGGCGGCCCGUCCGCUGCCUCAGAGCCUCCUGGGAGUUUCUGGGCUCCUUAAAGGGCUCCCCCUGGGGACCCACCUGUCCUCCCUCGCUGCGGACACAGCUGCGGUCAGCCGAGCGGGAGGAGGUGCGCCGACAUGCCUGAGGCAAAACCAGCAGCCAAAAAGGCCCCCAAAGGCAAAGAAGCCCCCAAAGAUGCCCCCAAAGAAGCCCCUAAGGAGGCUCCUGCAGAGCCCCCCAAAGAGGCCCAUCCUGAGGACCAGUCACCCACCGCUGAGGAGCCCACCGGCGUUUUCCUGAAGAAGCCGGACUCUGUAUCAGUGGAGACCGGGAAGGACGCCGUGGUCCAGGCCAAGGUGAACGGGAAGGAGCUCCAAGGCAAACCCACCAUCAAGUGGUUCAAGGGCAAGUGGCAGGAGCUGGGCAGCAAGAGCGGGGCGCGCUUCUCCUUCAAGGAGGCCCACGACGCCGCCAGCAAUGUGUACACGGUGGAGCUGCACAUUGGGAAGGUGGUCCUGGGGGACCGCGGGGAUUACCGGGCUCCACGUCAGGAUGCCUCGGGGCAGAGUCUAGAAAGCUUCAAGCGCACAGGUGAAGGGAAAUCGGACGAAGCGGGUGAGCUGGACUUCAGUGGGCUGCUGAAGAAGAGAGAGGUGGUGGAGGAGGAGAAGAAGAAGAAGAAGAAAGAUGAGGAUGACCUGGGCAUCCCCCCCGAGAUCUGGGAGCUCCUGAAAGGCGCGAAGAAGAGCGAGUACGAGAAGAUCGCCUUCCAGUACGGCAUCACCGACCUCCGGGGCAUGCUGAAGCGGCUCAAGAAGGCCAAGGUCGAGGUCAAGAAGAGCGCAGCCUUUGUCACGAAGCUGGACCCGGCCUACCAAGUGGACAGAGGCAACAAGGUGAAGCUGGUGGUGGAGAUCAGCGACCCCGACCUGCCCCUGAAGUGGUACAAGAACGGCCAGGAGAUCAAACCGAGCAGCAAGUACGUGUUUGAGAACGUCGGUAAGAAGCGAAUUCUCACCAUCAACAAGUGCACGCUGGCGGACGACGCUGCCUACGAGGUUGCCGUCAAAGACGAGAAGUGUUUCACCGAGCUCUUUGUCAAGGAGCCUCCAGUCCUGAUCGUCACGCCCCUCGAGGACCAGCAGGUGUUUGUGGGCGACCGGGUGGAAAUGGUGGUGGAGGUGUCAGAAGAGGGCGCCCAGGUCAUGUGGCUGAAAGACGGGGUGGAGCUGACGCGGGAGGACUCCUACAAGGCCCGCUACCGCUUCAAGAAGGACGGGAAGCGCCACAUUCUCAUCUACUCUGACGUGACCCAGGAGGACGGGGGUCGCUAUAAGGUCAUGACCAAUGGUGGCGAGUGUGAGGCCGACCUCAUCGUGGAAGAGAAACAGCUGGAGGUCCUGCAGGACAUCGCGGAUCUGACGGUGAAGGCCGCAGAGCAGGCUGUGUUCAAGUGCGAGGUGUCCGACGAGAAGGUGACCGGCAAGUGGUACAAGAACGGGGUCGAGGUGCGGCCUAGCAAGAGGAUCACCAUCUCCCACAUAGGGAGGUUCCACAAGCUGGUGAUUGACGACGUCCGGCCCGAGGACGAGGGUGACUACACCUUCGUGCCCGAUGGCUAUGCCCUGUCCCUCUCGGCCAAGCUCAACUUCCUGGAGAUCAAGGUGGAGUACGUGCCCAAGCAAGAGCCCCCGAAGAUCCACCUGGACUGCUCGGGGAAGACCUCAGAUAACUCGAUCGUGGUGGUGGCUGGAAACAAGCUGCGUCUGGAUGUGGCCAUCACAGGGGAGCCCCCUCCCGUCGCCACCUGGAUGAAGGGAGACGAGGUGUUCUCGGUCACCGAGGGCAGGGUCCGCGUCGAGCAGCGGGUGGACAGCAGCAGCUUCGUGAUCGAGAGCGCCGAGAGGGCGGACGAGGGCCGCUACACCAUCAAGGUCACCAACCCCGCUGGCGAAGACGUGGCCUCCAUCUUCCUGCGGGUUGUGGAUGUCCCAGACCCCCCCGAGGCCGUGCGUGUCACUUCUGUGGGCGAGGACUGGGCCAUCCUCGUCUGGGAGCCACCCAAGUACGACGGGGGACAGCCAGUCACUGGGUACCUCCUGGAGCGGAAGAAGAAGGGCUCCCAGCGCUGGAUGAAGCUGAACUUCGAGGUCUUCACGGAGCUGACCUACGAGUCCACCAAGAUGAUCGAGGGCGUCCUCUACGAGAUGCGGGUCUUCGCGGUCAACGCCAUCGGCGUCUCCCAGCCCAGCAUGAACACCAAGCCCUUCAUGCCCAUCGCACCCACAAGUGAACCUCUGCACCUGACGGUGGAGGACGUGACGGACACCACCACCACACUCAAGUGGAGGCCCCCGGACAGGAUCGGGGCGGGCGGCAUCGACGGGUACCUGGUGGAGUACUGCCUGGAAGGCUCCGAGGGGUGGAGCCCCGCCAACACCCAGCCGGUGGAGCGCUGUGGCUUCACGGUCAAGGAUCUCCCGACAGGAGCGCGGAUCCUUUUCCGGGUGGUCGGGGUCAACAUCGCCGGGCGCAGCCAGCCGGCCACCCUGGCCCAGCCGGUCACCAUCCGGGAGAUUGUGGAGCAGCCCAAGAUCCGCCUCCCCCGCCACCUGCGCCAGACCUACAUCCGCAAAGUGGGCGAGGCGCUCAACCUGGUCAUCCCCUUCCAGGGAAAGCCGCGGCCCCAGGUGGUGUGGACGAAGGGCGGCGCCCCGGUGGACACGUCCCGCGUGCACGUGCGGACCAGCGACUUCGACACCGUGUUCUUCGUGCGCCAGGCGGCCCGCUCCGACUCGGGCGAGUACGAGCUCAGCGUGCAGAUCGAGAACAUGAAGGACACGGCCACCAUCCGCAUCCGGGUCGUGGAGAAGGCCGGGCCGCCCCAGAACGUGAUGGUGAAGGAGGUGUGGGGCACCAACGCCCUGGUGGAGUGGCAGCCCCCCAAAGAUGAUGGCAACAGUGAGGUCACCGGGUACUUCGUCCAGAAAGCUGACAAGAAAACCAUGGUGGCCCCUCACAGUCGUGUCCCCUCCCCAGGAAUCACCUUCAAGCCGCCUGAGUACAAGGAGCACGACUUCCGGACGCCUCCCAAGUUCCUGACGCCCCUCAUAGACCGGGUGGUCGUGGCUGGGUACCCCGCCCCUCUCAACUGUGCCGUGAGAGGCCACCCGAAGCCGAAGGUGGUCUGGAUGAAGAACAAGAUGGAGAUCGGUGAGGACCCCAAGUUCCUGAUGACCAACUACCAGGGGGUGCUGACCCUGAACAUCCGCCGCCUGUCGCCCUUCGACGCAGGGACCUACUCCUGCCAGGCCGUCAACGAGCUGGGGGAAGCGCUGGCCGAGUGCAAGCUGGAAGUCCGCGUGCCGCAGUGACACUGUCCCCACCCGUCAGGACAGCUGGCUGCUGGGUCCUCGCCCCAACCCUGGACCCCCGACGGUGUUCUUUGCAGACCUCCCACUGAGAACAAAGCAGUGUUGUCUCAGACUCCCUGUGUCUGUCGUUCUUGUAUCUGCAGCCCCAGCCCCUCUUGUCUGGAGUUGGUCACUCCAGGGGGACAGUAAAGGCAGCCUUGGGAUGGCGGCCCCCACGGGCAGCACGUCGGACCACACCACGCCAGGCAGAUCCUGGAACAGCUAUGUAGUCAGUGACCCCGGAUAGGCUGGCUACUGGGAGCCAGGGAGGUCGCAGGCUGUGUGCCG